UUCCAUUGAUGAUCAUGAUGAUUACAAUCAUCCAAAUAAUUAAAGCCAGCAAGCAAAGCAAAUCUGCCCUUGCACAGUAACUUCCAACUCAGACAAUGACUUUCCAGGGUUUAUCGCCUCAUAUCAACUCCUAAGAAUGUCGACCCGCAGGAAAACCUGAGAAAAGUCAUUAACCUGCUGUGCCCGUGCGGUGCAUACUCUGAUAUGGCAGGCAACGCUAGAUAUGUGGCUUUGUUCCCGUUGGCUGUUCGGUUGAAUCUUCCCGCUGUCCAACUUCUGUACCAAGAGCCUCCAGUCUGCGCCUCCAUUCCAUAUUCUGGCGUGUGAAUCCGACGUCCGCCUCCCUCGACGCGUUGCACUCUCAACUCUCCACACUCAGCCAAGACUACGGCUUUGUGUGGGAUGUGGAUGGCAAGGAUGAUUUCUUUCCAUCUUUUGCUCCUGGCCAGUCAUGAUAACUGGCCAAGCCUGUUCCCACAUCCCGCAUCCAUGUGCCAAGGUAGCCAAGCAGCCAAGACAGCUUACAGUGAGUUCGCGAUUUACAAAGUGAUCGUAAAAGGACGAUCAAGGUUUUCUUUCCGGAAGCUAAACACCUUUGACUUCGGGAUUGAGCCAUUGAGCCGGCAUGAUGGAUGAGCUAGAGGCAAACUUGAACACGUAUUCGUGCAUCUGAUCCGUUGCAAAACCCAUCUUUUUUUCUUGACUUCUUUGUCUCUCACAACCUUUACGUUGGAGAUGCAUCGAGGCCCGCUGCAGGCCGGCAAGGGCGCUCUUGGUCCGAUUCGUGGCGCAACCGUCUUCGCGCCGUUGGAAGAGCCAGUCUAG